AUGUCCAAGCGAACUGCAUAUUCUCGCUCUGAGCUCGGCCACCCCACGACGAAGCGCGCCAAACAGGUUGACGAAGAUCUCCCUUACGAUCACCUACUUUCUGCUCUCGAAUCCCAGGACGAGAUCAAAGAUGUUCGAAAGGUUGUUCACUGGUUCCGAGGGAAAGAUCUUCGAUAUCAGGAUAAUAUGGCUCUACACCACGCCUCGGAGCUAGCGAAAAAGUCAAAGGCGCCGUUAAUCUGUGUCUACGUGUACUGCAUCGCCGAAGAGUCGUGGCAUGGGACAAGCCCCGCACGGGUAGACUUUAUGUUGGAAGCGCUCAGGAUCAUGCAAAAGGACCUCGAGUCUCUUCACAUACCCCUCGUCUUCCUAAAUGCCGAGAAACGGCAGGACUAUGUGCCAGUCAUCCUCGAUUUCAUCAAGGAGCAAGGCGUUUCCCAUGUAUUCGCAAAUUACGAGUAUGAGGUAGAUGAGAUACAUCGCGACAUCAAAGCCGUCCAAGCUUCGGGUUCUGCCGUUCAGGUCUCCUUGUUCCACGAUCAGACCAUUGUUGAGCCUGGCACGUUUAACACCAGCUCAGGGAAGCCGAUGAAGGUAUUCACGCCCUACCACAAAAUGUGGCUCUCAUACGUCAGGGAAAAUCCAGAACUUCUCGACGUCGUUCCUGAUCCGCAAAAGAACGACGCCAAAUUUGAAAAGGAACUGAAGUCCCUCUUUGCAUCGCCGCUUCCAAAACCUUCCAAAGAUAAGGAGUUCCCUUCUGAGAAAGAACGAUCGAGGAUACGGAGCCUCUGGCCAGCGGGCCACGACGCCGGUUUGAAGCGAAUGGAGUCCUUCAUCAAACAAAUCCACAAGUACGCAGCGACACGUUCGAAUCCGGCCAAGGACAGCACCUCUCGCAUGUCUGCAUAUUUCUCAAGUGGACAGGUCUCCAUCCGUGAAGCCCUUGGCAAGGUUAGGGACCACAAUGAUGCAAGUGCAGAUUUCAGUGAAUCCAAUGCCAAAGCAGGCGUCUACAGUUGGGUUCGUGAAAUCGUCUUCCGCGAACUCUACCGCCAAACCACUCUCACCACUCCGCACACCGCCAUGAAUCUGCCCCAGAAUUUGAAAUUUGAUUUUGUCCAUUGGGAAGACGACGAAGAAGGGUGGAAGAAAUGGAUCAAUGGCACGACCGGCGAGCCUUUCAUAGACGCGGGUAUGCGGCAGCUCAACGCCGAAGCCUACAUGCACAACCGUCUUCGGAUGAAUGUCUCGUCCUACUUGUACUGCAACUUGCUCCUCGAUUAUCGUAGGGGCGAGCGAUACUUUGCAGAGACACUCAUCGAUUGGGAUCUUUCAAACAACACUCAAGGAUGGGAGCCUUCAUACACGGUUUUCAAUCCGGUGUCCCAGGCGGAGCGCAAUGAUCCAGACGGAGACUAUAUCCGCAAAUGGGUCCCUGAGCUGAAAGAAGUCCAUGGAAAAGCCAUUUUUGCGCCGUACGACCGAUUGAGUAAAGAAGAAUUUGACAAACUGGGAUACCCAAAGCCACACGUCAAUUGGAAAGAGACAAAGCAGAGAGCUAUUGAGAGAUUCAAGAGUGAUAUGGCUGAUGCUGAGCCUUGA